GAUGAAGAAUAGAACACCCGCUUUGAUGCAGGCCAAGUUCGACAACAUUUCUUGUAUUUGUACAUAGAUGCUGGCAUGGCUACACCGGAUCCGCUACGAGCAUUGUCCUUUGCUCCGAUCAAGCCACACAUCAACAGAAAUAUCUUGCUUUACACGCCACCCACCUCGACCGGAGAAGAUGCAGCAGCCGGAGGAGGUCCAUCCCCGAAGGUGAUUGUCCUCACAACAUGGUUCGGGGGCGCCACUUCAGGGAGAAUUGCAGUUUAUUGUCGCGCCUAUCAACGCUUGUAUCCCCAGACACCAAUUUUGAUUGUCCGCACGCAAGUCACAGACUAUUCGCUCGCCAAUCGCCAACUGUCGGCAGUUCAAGCUCGAUUGUCGCCUGCACAUAAGUACAUAUCAAGUCUGUUCCCAAUCACAAGCCCUCCCACCUCGGAAUCAAGGGGCCAUCGCCAAGAAGGUGCUUUGCUACACAUCUUUUCCAACGGAGGUUGUGCUACGGCGUUGCAGUUGGGCAAGAUGCUCCGCAGAAGCAGCCGGGGUGAGGAUGCAUCGCACUUGCCCAUUCCAUUCGUUGGCUUGAUCCUCGACUCAUGCCCUGGAAUGCUAGCGUUUGACAACAUCUAUGCUGCAGCGAGCAUGCAAAUCCCACAGAGCCAACCAUUGUAUUCGAUCGGGCGCGCAAUCUUGUGGCCAUACAUCAAAGUAUAUGUUGCGAUGCAGCGAGCAGGCAUUGUCACAUCAUCAAACGACGUCAUGCGGGAUUUGAACGAUUCGACACUGUUCGGAUUAGGUCCUCGGCUAUUUCUCUUUUCCAAGACCGAUACGGUAAUCGCGGCAGACGACAUCGCCGCACAUGCCAAACAAGCGGCUGAGUUGGGUUUCGAUGUGAGGACAGAGGUGUGGGAGGAUGCGGUACAUUGCGCGCUUCCGAUGGCUGAUUCACAACGCUAUUGGAACGCUGUAGAGGCGUUCACCUCUAGAGCAUUGUCAGGGAGAAAGGCGAAGCUAUGAGGACAGCCUCUGUAGAUCUAUUGCGCUAUAAUUCUGCAACCAAAACGAUAGAGUUUGAUAUCCCACGAAAGGCACACAAGUUUCGUGCUUUGUUACAGUCUGGCA